CGCUGAGGCCUGUGGCGCCGUCACCCGGCAGACCCGAGCGGGUGGAGGGAGGCGCUGCCGGCGAGGCGCGCGGAGACAGAUCGGGGCUGCACCGGCGGCCGGUCCACCCUCCCGCCGCCGUCCUCCGGCCCGCGGACCGCGCGGUCCCGUUAUCAUGUCGUUGAGGCAGCGGCUGGUCCAGCUGGUCGGCAGUUUGCAGGACCCGCAGAAAGUGGCUCGUUUCCAACGGCUGUGCGGGGUGGAAGCGCCGGUGAGCCGCACCGCCACAGCUGCCGCCGACCCGAGGGAGGAUGAGAAGGCGGAGGCGCCCCUCGCCGGGGAAUCCAGGCGCCGAGAGCGGCAGCUGGGGGCGUCCGGAGGCCCCCCGCCGCCCGGGAGCGACCGCAAUCAGUGCCCAGCCAAGCCGGGCGGCGGCGGCGGCGGCGCCCCCAACGGCGUGCGGAACGGGCGGGCAACCGAGCUGGGCCCGGCCUCGCAGCGGCGCGCGGGGGUCCUGCGCCGCAACUCGCUGACGGGCGAGGAGGGCCAGCUGGCCCACGUGAGCAACAUGCCUCUCUACUACCUGUUCUGCUUCGGCACGGAGCUGGGCAAUGAACUCUUUUACAUCCUGUUCUUCCCCUUCUGGAUCUGGAACCUGGACGCCCUAGUGGGCCGGAGGCUCGUGGUCAUCUGGGUGCUGGCCAUGUACCUGGGCCAGUGCACCAAGGACAUCAUCCGCUGGCCGCGGCCCGCCUCGCCGCCCGUGGUCAAGUUGGAGGUUUUCUACAACUCAGAGUACAGCAUGCCCUCCACCCAUGCCAUGUCCGGCACUGCCAUCCCCAUCUCCAUGAUCCUCCUCACCUAUGGCCGCUGGCAGUAUCCUCUUAUAUAUGGACUGAUUCUUAUUCCCUGCUGGUGUUCUCUAGUUUGCCUAAGUAGAAUUUACAUGGGCAUGCACUCCAUUCUGGAUGUUAUUGCUGGAUUCGUAUAUACCAUUUUAAUCUUAGCUAUCUUCUAUCCAUUUGUGGACCUGAUUGACAACUUCAACCAAACUCACAAAUAUGCUCCAUUAAUCAUCAUCGGGCUUCAUUUAGCCUUGGGGAUCUUUUCUUUCACUCUAGACACUUGGAGUACAUCCCGGGGAGACACAGCUGAGAUUCUAGGAAGUGGUGCUGGGAUUGCAUGUGGAUCUCAUUUUACCUAUAAAAUGGGUCUAAUGUUAGAUCCUCCUCUGGAUAUAUUACCUUUACCUAGGCCCCCCAUUUCAGUGACUCUGUUUGGAAAAGCCAUAUUGCGGAUUCUCGUAGGGAUGUUGUUUGUACUAGUAGUCAGAGAUAUAAUGAAAAGGAUCACUAUUCCUUUAGCCUGUAAAAUCUUCCAUAUACCGUGUGAUGAUGUUCGAAAAGCAAGACAGCACAUGGAAGUUGAACUUCCUUAUCGGUAUCUUACCUAUGGAAUGGUUGGUUUCUCUAUCACAUUUUUUGUUCCUUACGUAUUUUUCUUUAUUGGUAUCUCUUGA